CGCUAUCUGUCUGUCCGUCCGGCCGCCUGCUUCUGCCUCCUCAGCUCAGCCUCUGCUGGUUCCCCGUGUGGCUGGGAGCUGGCUUUCUGGCAUCCGUCGAGGGGUUUUUGCCUUCCCCUCGGUGCGGGUGGGGGGGGUGUGCAUUCAGGACAGCGUCCGGGGGGGGGGGGGGGCGUGUAUCUGGCAUGCCCAGGAGUGGAACGAUCAACAUUCAUCUGUGAUACACCAGACGAUAGAGCUGAUUCCGGCUGGCAGCCAGGGAGGGCUUUUACACCAGACUCUCGGCUGAAGUUUAGGGGCGAGCCGAGGGAAGCAGGGAGCAACCUGUGCUGUUCCCUCUCCACCGAUGGAUCUACAGGGGAUGGGCACCAGCUGCACCAGGGACUGACAUCCAUUCAGCUCACUUACCUCUCCCAGAAGAAUCUUUAGUUCGCUCCCUCCGCCCUGUCAGCGACUUUCCAGGGAGAAUCUCUUCCUUCCCCUUUCCUGGAUGGUGGAAGAAGGCGUGAGCAGCGGGGACAGGGCACCCCACAGGGGGCUGCGAGGACCCCGUCAUCCUCUGGCUGCGCCAAGGAACAUGUCGGUGGUGGGCAAAGCCCUGUGGAGCGUGAAGCGGGCGGGGAACGGCUGGCGGUUUGAGCAGCCCAUCGGAGUGGACUGCAGCUCGCCCGAGCCCCGCUGCAUCUGGUUGAGCAGCCUGCAGAAUGAUAAUGCCGACCUGGAGCACAGGUGGUACCAUGCCAGGGUCGCCCUCCCCAGGCAGAAACACCGCUCGCGCCCUCGGCUGGAGACACGCCACAUGCCGCCGCUGGGCCGGAGAGAUGGGACCUCUCCGAAUGCCAACGCCCCCCUGGAGGAGCCUUUCCCCUGGGUGGGGCCAAAGACGGUGCUGCUGCAGAAGAGCUCGCAGGGGGGGUUCGGCUUCACCCUCCGACAUUUCAUCGUCUACCCCCCGGAGUCGGCGGUCCACUCCAAUGUCAAGGAGGAAGAGAAUGGAAACCGAGGAGGUCCCCAGCGGAGCCGCCUGGAGCCCAUGGACACCAUCUUUGUGAAGAAUGUGAAGGAAGCCGGGCCUGCGCACCAGGCUGGCCUCCGCACAGGAGACCGGCUUGUCAAGGUGAACGGGGAGAGCAUCAUCGGGAAAACCUACUCCCAGGUCAUAGCGCUGAUCCAGAACAGUGACGAUGCCUUGGAACUCUCCAUCAUGCCCAAAGACGAGGACGUCCUCCAGCUGGCCUAUUCUCAGGAUGCCUACUUGAAGGGCAAUGAACCCUACUCUGGGGGAGCCCAGAGCAUCCCAGAGCCACCUCCCAUCUGUUACCCUCGGAAGACCUACCCGUUCCAGUCCAGGGCUCCCAGCUGGGAGGCGAUGGUAGCCGAGCCUUUGCAGGGACAGCAGGCGGACGGCAGAUCCUACCGGCCUGUUCCUUCAGGCCCAUCUUCCCCCCUGAACAGUGCGGCGCUUGGCAGCCCCAUGCCCGGCACGUGGAACGAAGCCAGAAGCAACACUGCUCAGGAAUUCGGCAGCACCCAUUCCAGCCCGGCGCACCGCACAGAGGAGAUCCAGUAUGGAAUCACCCAGCCGAGGCCCAGGAUGCCCAUCGCAAGGCCGGUCCCAGCCCCCGGCUCCUUCUCACGCAUCUCCAACUCCAGCUUCGCAGGUCCCCUUGCUUCUUCCUUACCAGAGAGGUACGGCGUCCCAACUUCUUCCUCCAUGGCCAGCCAGGCCUGCUACAGGGUCCCCAGGCACCUCCCAGACCAUCGGACUCCCUGCGGUUUCAAGGAUGGCCGGGAUGUUAGCAUGGGGCCUGGCGGCCCAGGCCGUCCCUCCUGGGAGUAUCUGAGUGGCCCCAAGGCCAUCAGCCAGCUGGAGUGCCAGCAGGCGCUCUCCAAUUGGCUGUCCAGCCAGGUGCCUCGCCGGAGCGCCUCGGAAGAGCGGAGGUACGCCAUGCCGCCCCGGUACCGCAGCAUCUCUCAGGACCGCCUGGGAGACACCCCAGCCUCCAGAGGCUGGCCCCACAGUGCCUCGCAAGACACCUUGCUCCAGCCCAGCCACGACAGCUGGGGCUACCGGGCCCGGUCCGACAACUCCCUGGGGAGGUACGGACGCUCCAUGGAGGCGCUGGAGCAGAGCGCCCUGGUCUCGCCGCGCUUGGACGAGGGCACGUGGCUGCCGGAGAAGUUCUAUAGGCCGGGCCCUGGGCAAGUUGCCCAAGCUCAGCCUAGCCAGCCAAGUUCGUGCGCCCCCCCCUGCUCCUCUAGAGAGCCUCACCCCACCCAUGUGCAGAAACAUCCUUCCCAGCCCAACCUGCAGAGCAUCGAUGACUCGGGGUACAUCGGGUAUAGGAGCUAUAGCCCCUCCUUCCAGCGCAGGACUGGCCUACUCCACGCGCUCUCCUUCAGGGACCCUAUCUUUGGUGGCCUUCCAGUGUUCAAUAUAUCGCAAAGGCAAGGAACCCAACCAGCAUCUUACCCGGACAGGUUCCCGUCACUGCCAGCUGCUGCCCCCCCUGGCCCGGACCCCCUGCCAGGCAGUGGGCCCGAGAUCCCCAAGGACCAAAGAACCCCCAGCCAAGACAGUGGCGCCAGGUCUCUCCAGCUGCCUCAGCCUGAGGUGGAGGAGAGGAAAGAGGAAGUGGUCCUCAGGCAGAAGCCCCCCACGGGCCGCAAGGCGCCGGCCCCCGCCAGGCAGAUGAACUUCAUCUUCCCCGACCACAUGAAGGAAACGGACAUUUGUGACCCGCCGCUGAGCUGCAAAGGGGACAAGCCAGCGGUGGAGCGGCCUGCCCGGCGGGUGGCACCGUUGGCGGUGCCAGAGGAUUCCCUGGCAUCCAUUCCAUUUAUAGACGAGCCGACGAGCCCCAGCAUCGACCUGAAGGCAAAGCACAUCCCCGCCUCCUCCGUCGUCUCCAGUGCCGUGAACUCUGCCCCCGCCAUCACCGGCAGCCCCUCCUCACCCACCUUCACCUUCGCCAUCAGCCGCCAUUACUCCCAGGACUGCAGCAGCAUCAAAGCCAGCCGCCGAUCCUCCUACCUCCUGGCCAUAACAACCGAGCGCUCCAAGUCGUGUGACGAUGGUCUGAACACAUUUCGUGACGAGGGGAAGAUCCUAAGGAGGAUGCCAAGCCGGGUGCCGAGUCUGCGUAUGCUGAGGAGCUUCUUCACAGACGGGUCUCUGGACAGCCUCGGAAUGUCUGAAGACACGAGAUCAAAGAGGCAUUCGACCUCCGACCUCUCGGACGUGACUUUCAGCGAUGUGAGGAAAGAGGGCUGGCUCCACUACAAACAGAUCCUCACCCAAAAGGGGAAGAAAGUUGGCGGGGGCAUCCGGCAGUGGAAGCGCGUCUUCGCCGUUCUCCGCGCACACUCCCUUUACCUGUGCAAGGACAGGCGGGAGGCCGUGACCUACGUGCCGCCCCAAGGUGAGGAGGAGCAGCCGAUCAGCAUCCGAGCGUGCCUGGUGGACAUUUCCUACAGCGAGACCAAGAGGAAGCACGUCUUCCGGCUGACGACCGCUGACUUCUGUGAAUAUCUCUUUCAGGCAGAGGAUCGGGACGACAUGCUGGCCUGGAUCAAAGUCGUCAGGGAGAACAGCAAGGCCGAGGGCGAGGACCCCGGGUUUGCAAGCCAAGCACUUAUCAACAAGAAGCUAAAUGACUACCGGAAAGUGAGCCCCUCUGGAACGAAACCAGACUCUUCCCCCAAGGGCUCGCGUGGGCUGGGGAUCAAGGCCGAGUUCCUGAAGCAGACAGGGACGAGCGCCCCCCGCUCCCCAAGGCAGGACAUGGCCGUGACUAAAGAUGACGGUGCCCCCCCGAAAGCCCCUUGGGGCAUCAACAUCAUGAAAAAGAACAAGAAACCUGCUCCGCGGGCCUUCGGCGUGAGGCUGGAGGACUGCCAGCCCGCCCCAGCCAACAAGAACGUCCCGCUGAUCGUGGAGGCCUGCUGCAAGGUGGUGGAGGACAAGGGGCUGGAGUACAUGGGCAUCUACCGCGUGCCCGGGAACAACGCUGUGGUGUCCAGCCUUCAGGAGCAGCUCAACAAGGGGGGCACCGAGAUCAACCUGCAGGAUGAGAGAUGGCAGGACCUCAACGUCAUCAGCAGUCUGUUGAAAUCCUUCUUCCGGAAGCUGCCGGAGCCCCUGUUCACGGACGAUAAGUACAACGAUUUCAUCGAAGCCAACCGGAUAGAAGAUGCCAGCGAGAGGAUGAAGACGUUGCGGAAACUGAUCCGGGAUCUGCCGGGACAAUACUACGAGACGCUCAAGUUCCUGGUGGGGCACCUGAAGACCAUCGCGGACCACUCCGAGAAGAACAAGAUGGAGCCCCGGAACCUGGCCCUGGUCUUCGGCCCCACGCUGGUCCGGACGUCCGAGGACAACAUGACAGACAUGGUGACGCACAUGCCAGACCGCUACAAAAUCGUGGAGACCCUCAUCCAGCAUUCGGACUGGUUCUUCAGCGACAAGGAGGACAAGGGGGAGAAGACCCCUGUGGACGAGAAGGAGGCGCAGUUGGUGCCAAACAUCGAGUACCUGCUCCCCAACAUCGGGAGGACAGUGGUGCCAGGGGACGCCUCAGAUUCAACCAAUGACAGCUCUGCCAAGUCGAAGCAGGGCUCGGGGGUGCCCCGGAAGGAUCAGUACAGCAAGGAGCUGCUCGCCAUGUCCUUCAUCGCCGCUGUCAACCGCAAGAGAAGGAAGCGGCGGGAGGCCAAGCGUUUGGGGAGCAGCACGGACGACGACUCGGAGCACGAGGCCACCAAGGGCGCCAGCAAAGGCAGAGCCGAGGAGGCCAGAGGCGGGGGCUCGGAGGAGGGAGAGGCCAAGGGGCCGGGGUGUGGCGCGGCCCCCGGAGAGCCAGGCCCAACGCGUGGUGCUCUAAGCCGCCGAGCGGGCACAGAGGAGCAGGCGGGACCGAGGGAGCCAGCGCCGGACACCCGGUCCAUCGUCUCGGGCUAUUCCACCCUGUCCACCAUCGACCGCAGCCUGUGCUCGGAGGUGCAGUCUGUGGCCGAGAGCCGAGGCGAGGAGGCGGACGACGAGCGCAGCGAAUUCAGCCACGUGGAGACGGACACGGAGAGCAGCUUCCUGCCGGGGAGGGCGGGGCCAGGCGCCGGGCAGGGGCCCGAGGCGGAGAGCGGCGAAAAGGAGAAACUCGCCCGGGCCUCCUUCAACUCCCACCGGCUCAUCCAGUGCGACACGCUGGCCCGCAGGAAGCUGGCGCGGCCCUGGCUGGACAGCGACUCGUCCACCAAGGGCAGCCAGGAGUCCCUGCAGCCCCCGGGGGCUGGUGGGGAGCCGUGGGGCAGCGGGGCCCCGACCAAGCCCUCGCUGACGGAGCAGAUCCGCCUGCGUCUGCGCGGCUCGGCCGACGACAUGCUGGCCGUGCGCCUGCGUAAGCCCCACUCCCCGGAGACGCGGCGCAAGAAGAGCUCCUGGCGGCGCCAUACGGUGGUGGUGCCCGGCGGCCUGAAGGACCUCAACUUCAACGAAUGGAAGGAGCAGCAGGCGCCGGGCCAGGGACCCCCCGUUGGUCCCGAGCUCUGCCCCCCGGAUGCCAGCGCCUCCUGCAGGGACCUGCACAGAGACAACAAGGACUCGGGCCUCAGCAGCCUGGAGUCGACCAAGGCCAGGCCCUCCUCGUCCUCGGCACUGAGCCACCAGGGCGGCGCCGGUGAGCAGCUGCACAGUAAGGGCCUGGAGGGGAACCCAGGCGACCGGGGCCCGGCUCCCACCCGCGCAGCUUCCUUCCGCUUCCACCAGUGUCUCUAACCCCUGCGUCCCCCGGAACCCGAGGCCUGACUGUCUCUGCUUCCCUCCCCCACAUUUCUCUCACCCCCUGUGCUGCCUCUUGUGGCCAAGGCGGCGGUUCCCCAUCCACCCAGAGCCAGGCGCCGCACAGAGGUUGGAGCACCUCCUAAGGGCCAGCAGCCACUCGCCCUGAUUUUGCCGGCUUUGGCAUUUGUCAUGGGGCUCCCUAGGCUGGCGGAGACGCCCCUGCCCUGCCCUGGCCGCGCUGCCUAGCUGGCACUCGGGCGCAGCGUUGAUUGAACGACCCUCCCUCGGUUUGGGCAUUUAAUCGUGGGUCUGUUUGAUUUGUCUCCCUUUUUAAGACUCCCCCACCCCUGAUGUUGCCAGGCCAGGUCUUGGGGGGGAGGGGGGAUCAUCUGCAGCUCGGGGUGUCCCGGCCUCGCCACAGAGCCAGGAUCCCAGCCCUUUGGGUCCAGCUGCGGACGGGCGGGCACAGCGCAUCCACAGAAAGCACUUGGCCUGAGACAGGCAACCCCGCCCCAGCCUCCUGGCUCUCCCAGCUCAUCUCCCUGCAUGGCUGCCAGACCUGCUCCGCUGCCCCCCAGACCUCACAGUUCCUGCCUAGUGCUGCUCCUGGUUGACUAGGGGGUUAGGGGUGGGGGAAGGAUGCUCCAAUUUCCAUGAGACCAUUGCUAGCCCCCAAACCUCCUCACAGCAGGAGCUGCUGCCUCUGAAAUCUUGCCACAGCUCUGGCAUCACAUUACUGUGCCCCUCCGCCUGCCCCCCUUGGCUCAGAGAAAGUGCCCCCUAGUGUGCAAGGAACUGUUGGGUGGCUUUGAACAGAGGGUCCCUGGCACCCUAGUCUUGCCCACCCCAGAGAGCCACCCCCCCUUCCCAAGCCAGUUCUCCCACCCCGGGUCAGUCCAGGGUGAGCGAGGCGGCUGUAGAAUGGAGACAGGAGGCUGCACAGACACAGCGCCCGCACGUGGGCUUUGCUCAUGAGCGUGAGCGUUUUCCUGCUGGCUCGUAACACUGGCGUGUGCAUGUGUGUGCACAUGCACCAUUCACGUGUGUGUGCAUGCCUGCGUGCGCAUGCCUGUGCACCAGUUGCACGUGUGCAUGUAUACCGUUCGCGUGUGUGUGUGCACCAUUUGCACGUGUGUGUGUGCACGUGUGUUCUGUGGCUGUGCCCUAUGGAGCACGUGCCUGUGGGUGCCUGUGUCCAGCCUGAUUCAGUGUUGGGUAAUUGGUAGAUGGAAGUGUGUUGGCAUCGUUGGCACCUGAGCCAGGAGUGUGUGUGCUGGGGCUAUUGGCACAUGCUCAGUGACCACAUGCCCGCUGGCACCAGGUGCGGGAUCCACUCGUGUGAAUGCAGGGAAAUGUCCCUUGUGCCAAGGGGCCCUUUGUUCCCCAGCCCCUCCCCUGGGCCAGGCCGUGCCGGGUCUUGCUCUCUGCCAGGGAGGAGGUGCUGGGGGCAGGCGGUGCUGUUGUUUGCCAGCCUCAAAGGCACGGGCUGGGGAGGCGUAGGAAGGGGGCUCGGGCCACGGCUGGUUCAGUGCUUCCAGGGGCCGAAUUCCCUCUGGGCAUGGGAGUUUUCCUUGCACGCCCCCAGCCUCAUUUUCGGCCCCCCACACCCACCGCCCCGGUGUGCCCGUCACCAUCCCCCCGUGUAGAUGCUGGUGGGUCUACCCACCCCAUGUGUGGCAGGGAAGCAGAGGUACGUGGGCCAGCCAGGAACAUCAGGGGAGGAGGGAGGAAUCCUGGUCCCAUUGCAGUCGAUAGCUCCAUGGAGUUCAACCCUGAGCACUCGGCAGCUGCCAUCCCUCCCCCAACACGACCCUCAGCUGUUGUCUGCGGCCCGAGGCCUCCUGCCCCUGCCCCUGGACAGGCGGGUUCACGCUCCGCGGCAGAGCUGUGCAAAGCCACCUGGGAUUAGGCAACCCGGUGGGACUCGGGCGCUGCCAGCGGGGGUGGGCUCGUGUCUUUGGCAGGCUCAGCCUGGCUGGGCAGCCCCCUGCCAACCGGGAAAUGGCCCAGGGUAAACCCAUAAUGCCCACUUGUGCCAUCCGGCCCUGAGCCUCUUUCUAGCUGGGGAGGAGCGAGUUCUGGGCAGCCCAGUGUUAAUGCUCCAGACCUGGUGCCGUGUGACUGCGAACGCAGCAGUGCCUGUGCCCCAGGCUGUUUAAUCCUAGUCCCGGCUUUUAACCUUACCAGCUUGCUUCCUCUCUCGCCCCCACGUGCCCAGUGACAGGCCUGGUGUGUUUGCGUCUCACAGCCCGGUUGGUUCCCCCUCAGCACUCACUGGCUGCCCCUUGCCCCGCACCUGCCCAGAACAGCUGGGCCUAUGCACCCGCAGUGCCCAGUGGGCCCGGGAGCCAGUGCACCCCUGGAUAGAGCAGCUGCGGCCAGAGCACAGAGCUAACUCAGUUUGAAUCCAGGGCUUGCUGGACUCGGAGCGUGUGCACCUGCUCAGCCCUUGGAAUGCGCAAGGCCCGUAGCAGUCAAACCUCCCAUCCUGCAAAACUCCCCUCACCCGCCCCUGCUGGUUUCACCCGGGCACUCGUGUGGGGUUUGUUUGCUGUCAUCUCGCCAACGUCCCAGUGCUUGUGCCACCCGCCCCGCUGGGGGCACCGGUCAUGGCCUUGCGUCUCAAAGCGCUUUCGCACCCGUCGGGCCAGAGUUUGGGUUAGGCCGGCGUUAAGGGAGCCAGUGGGAACUGGGGAGAGUGCUGCAGGUAGGUGAGGCUAAUCUUAUACAAGCUGGACUUUGGCUGGCCCUGGCAGCCUGUCUCUCGCUACAAACAAAGUGCCAAGGAAGAGUUCUGAGUCCGAGAGUUGCAGGCUGCAUUUCUCAGCGUCAGGAGAGCCGACGCUGGCGUGAGAUCAUUCAUCCCAGGGACUGUGUAUUGAUUCCAUGCACAGAAAGUCCCACUUUCUACCAACCAAGCAAACAGCUGUCAUCCUAUGCAGCUGUUUAUAUUUUUCCUCUUGAAAAUGGUAAACUGUGUUUUCAUGCUGCUAGACUAUGGGUCCCUUUUAGUCUGAAAUUAAAACCAACCCUCCCCCCGCCAAAUCCAGUGCACCCGUCUCUGUGUUUAGAAAAAAGCCACCUGCAGCCCCAUGCCAGGCGAUUGUCCUAAUGAACUAGGGGGACUGGCUCUGCAGCGAACAUCCAUCUGUCCUCUACUGCGCUGGGGCUACCAAAUAACGCCACGCCGCAUCUUCCACUACGAACUGCAGCCAUUCCAAUGAGAGGCCUUGGGAGGAUUUUAAAAAUAAAAUAAAAUAAAAAAAUCUUACUCCAGUUUAUGCAUCAUUCUCAUACUUUAUGCAAAUAAUUGCUGUAAAGUUUUGUUGUUUUCAUUUUUCGUGUAAAUAUUGUCUUUAAACGUGUAACAUAUUACAAAGAAUUUAUAAGGAUUUUUUAAAGAAGUUUCGCUCAUUUAAAAAAAAAACAAACCCAGAAGAAAACCACCAAGUGCUGUAACAGUGUUGAAUUUUUAAAACCUUCCUGCAUGAGUCAUUUUUUUUCCUUGAUGUGUUGUAAAAGGUCAGACAUAGCUAUGGAAUAUGCAAAACUAAACAAACAAACAAACCCCACCUGGUUUGGGACUAGCCCUCGCCGACGUACAGUUCUAUAUAUUGGAAAUAAACUGGCGGAUUCAAGGAACA